GUGCAACUGCACGUCUAUGUUUAUUCAUAACAAUAUACUUUAAAUUAUUCCAAAUCUAAGUUAGCCUAACUAAACGUUUCUAUCACAUCGGCCUUAAAUCCUCCAACUACCGCCUGCUGACUUCCAAGUUUUUUUUAUAAUACCCUUCAGUUGAUUGAUUAUAUAAAUGGCAAACAUGUUAAUAAGGACUAGACGGUAUAAGUGCUACAGGAUUGCUACUGUAAUCAGAGUGCUAUUAGUUUUGGGGAUACCUUUAGUUUAUUUGAUAUUUAGUAAUACUGGUUCAGAGGAAGAAAUGUUAAAAUCUACGUUUAAUUCAGGUUUUGAUGGAGCUGUUUCUCAACGUAGAUUGCUGAGCGUAGUUGAGAGGGAGGAGAGGAAUUGCACUCCCGCAGCAAUUUUGGAGUUUCCCUCCGAUGGUCUCAGCCGGUAUCAACGGCAACAUGGUUACAUAGCAAUACACUGUAUAUUAGCUAUAUACUGCUUCUUUCUGCUGGGGACGGUGUGUGAGCAGUACUUCGUGCCAGCAAUCGAGAUGAUAUGCGAACGUUUAAAUAUAGGCAUGGACGUAGCUGGGGCUACUUUUAUGGCUGCAGCGAGCUCAAGUCCUGAGCUUUUCAUCAACUGUGUUGGUACGUUUGUCACUGAAGGUGACAUUGGAGUAGGAACCGUGGUGGGAUCAGCAGUGUUCAAUGUACUGGCUGUACCAGCAUUCUGCGCUCUCAUUGCAGGCAAAGUGGUGGACUUGGAUUGGUGGUCAGUGUCGCGGGAUUGCGUGAUGUACGCUGUGGCGGUAGUGGCACUCAUCCUCACGCUACUCGACGACGUUAUUUACUGGCACGAAGCACUGCUGCUUGUGCUCAUGUACAUUUUCUACAUAUUAGCAAUGGCGUUCAACGGCUGUCUCGGAACAUUUUUCAGGAGCGGGUGCUGCACUUUCAAAAAACCCAAGGCGUACACAGAAAUAACCCCUCUCCUGAAUAGUGAAAAGAGUAACACAUUAUUAUCAGCUCGACGCAUAAGCCUUAGUGUUCAAACAACAGAUGUGGAAUCAGCUGUGCAGUCCAAGAGACACGACUCCACCGACUCAGAUGAACUCAGCACCUACUCAAUGUGGUCAUGGCCUGGAGAAAAAGUGUCCUUUAUGAAGAAGGUGCUAUGGAUAUUUUCCUGGCCUAUAAACCUGGUACUUUGGCUGACCAUCCCUGACUGCCAGCGUCGACCCAACCUCUAUCCAUUGACUUUCGCGAUGUGUGUCACCUGGAUAGGAUGUGUCUCCUACCUGGUCGCCUGGAUGAUCACCGUCCUAGGUGAUACCCUCAAUGUGCCAGACAGCAUCACAGGACUGACGAUAUUAGCAGCAGGCACCAGUCUUCCAGAAGCUGUCUCCAGCGUCCUAGUAACAGUGCAAGGUCACGGUACAAUGGGCUUGAGUAAUUCCAUCGGAUCAAAUACGUUCGACAUAUUACUAUGCCUGGGUUUACCCUGGUUGAUAAAGUCGCUCGCUUACCCCAGUGUUCCAGGUCAUCAUUACGUAUCAAUAAACUCCAGUGGUUUAUCCUACAGUGCUAUAUCUCUUCUGUCCACACUCUUCACACUAUAUGGAUGCCUGUUCCUGAACAAAUUCCAGCUGGACUGGAAGAUCGGCAUCACUUGUGGACUCAUUUACAUCGGCUAUUUGAUCUUAGCAGCCCUUAUAGAAUUAAAUGUGUUCUUCACUGUGAACUUGCCGAUUUGCCCUCAUUAGAAUCAUCCAAAUCUGAUUAUUCUUUGAAUAAACACUCUUCCUCGAUUGUCGAAGGAUCGUAGAAAGGAUUACGUGUAUUUUUGAAUUAUUAAAAGUUGCAAAGAAAUCUUUAUGCUACAUUUUCUAUAUCACAUACGAGGGUUUUACUUUAUUUCUCGUACUUAAACAUAUGUUUAGUUUUAUUAUUAUUAUGUAUCAAGCAUGCGAUGGCAGAUAUUUCAUAUUUUAUAAUGUACUUAUAAGCUUCUCGAAUAUCUAUUGUGAUGUAACAAAAUUGUUUUAACGAAUUUUAUGAAAAUAUUUAUUUAAAUCAUAAAUAUCUAAUGAAUUAUUAACGUAAAUGUAUAAUGUAGGUACCUAUUUGUCUUAUUGAGGACAACCUCAAAUGAUAAUAUUAUUGUAGAAAAUGUUUUUACGUCUCAAUAGAAAACCAAUAUUAUUCAUUAAUCAUAGAUAUUGGUUGUUUAAUUUCUUAAAAAGUAGGUAGUCUAUCCUAGUCUAUUUUGAAUAAUGUAAAUAGUGAUACAUAAGUACCUAACACAUGUCAUUUCAACAUUUGUAGGUAGGUACUUAUACUAAAACUAGUUCGAAUGUCCAUAAAAAUAGAAUUCAGGCUCAAUGGCCUUGAACCUCUUUAAGGUUUACUAGAGCGUGUAAGCUUAGUGACUUGUUUUUCAAGCACGUUCCGUGAGGAUCACCCUUUUGUGUUCUCUCAGCUGUGAACAAGAAUCAGAUGUUGAAAAUCGGUAGCCAUCUACAGGUGGUUACAAUCAAUAACCAACCUUAAAACCUUUGUGCAAUCAUAAUAAUUUUAAUAUGAAAAUAAUUAAAUGUCAUAAGAUCCAAUGUUACGAUUACUUGUAAUUCAGCAACUCCCCAAUUCAUAACGAAGACGUGAUUUCAAUUAUUAUUAUUUAUUAACCUACUAAAAAAUUUUAAAUAACCCCAUUAAGUACCUAUCUGUAUAUUAGCAGACAUUUCUUAAUUUUGUUAAAGGAACUGAAUAUCACAAUAAUAAAAAAUACUGUUUAAUUUUAAGUAAUAGAAAAUUUAUUAUUUACCUACGUUAUAUUUUAAGGUGUGGUUGUAGAAAUUAUUAUUUCUAUUUAAUUAUAAUUAUUGAUUAUGUCCAGUGUAUUAUAGAGAUGAAGACGUAGGUAGGUAUAAUAACAACUUUUAUCGGCAAAAAUUAUCAUUGUUCAAGGCAAAUAAAACGAAUAAGUAGGUUAGAAGGUUACAAUAACACAUGACACUCCUUAGAAUUUGAACUUACCUAUCAUUGUAUGAUUUGUAAUCAAAUAUGAAUUAUUAUUUUUCUAAUCAUUUGCGCAUGAAACAUUUAUUUAGAUAAUUAAAUGGUUUACGUGUAUUCCGAAAAUGAAUGAUUUCUUGUGUAACAUUUGAUGCAUUGUAACUAAAUUAAUUACUGUGUACUAAAUACUGAUUGAUUCUUACUCGUUGGUAGGUUGUUUAUUUGUUAGUACAUUGUAUUUUACCUAUAUUUACUGAUGUAUUUUUUCCUACAGAUAUUUUUUGCUUGUUUAUGUUAAUAAGUUAAUUCAUAUUUGUUAAAUCAAUAACUGUUAAACAGCGGAACGCAUAUAGAUAUCUGUACUGUACUUUGUUAAAUAAAAUUACGUUUAAAAGCGCA